UACAAACACCUGUUUUCCAUAUCAGGUCUUCAAUUGUAUUUUGUGCCUUCGACAAUCUCUUCUCUUUUUCAGGUUACGUCGGCCUUCAUAAUACUCGCCUGCCACCAUGAAACCCUAGCCAUAUAUCUAGCUUCUCUAUCGUGGAUCGCUACAGAUAUAUAAUUAACGAGCAAUCGCCGAAUUGCAACACAUAUAUAAGCUCAGAGAAUCGAAGGGGAAAUGAGGAGUCCAAGGGUAAAAGGCCAGAUCACGCCAUGUUGUAGCAAGGUAGGGAUAAAGAGAGGACCGUGGACGCCGGAGGAAGACGAGGUUUUGGCCAAUUUUGUGAAGAAAGAAGGUGAAGGACGGUGGCGCACCCUUCCCAAGCGGGCGGGGCUGCAACGCUGCGGCAAGAGCUGCCGUCUCCGAUGGAUGAACUAUCUCCGUCCCUCCGUCAAGAGAGGCCAUAUUGCUCCUGAUGAGGAAGAUCUCAUCCUGCGCCUUCACCGCUUGCUGGGCAACAGGUGGUCUCUGAUCGCUGGGAGGAUACCUGGAAGGACGGACAACGAGAUUAAGAACUACUGGAAUACCCAUCUCAGCAAGAAGCUCAUAAGUCAGGGAAUAGACCCCAGGACUCACAAGCCCUUACUCACUCUCGAAAAUCAUUCAAAAUCUCAAGAUGUCUAUCAUGAAUCGAACACAAGUACAUCAAAUCCUCAACCAGUCGCAGAAAUCGCUUCCACUACUUGUGCUCGAGAGAUUGGUAGCUGCAGCCAGCAAAAUCAGACAAAUGAUGCUAUUCAAAAUAACAGUCCUGACACUGUUGGGAAUAACUGGGGGAGAAGUAGCAGCAGAGUGGUGACGUUCGAAAAUGGGAUCGAGGUUGAAAGAGAUCGGCAUGGGAAGAUGAUUGGGGAGGAAGAAACACUAUCUUCGUUUCUGGAUUCUUUGAUCAAUGAUAACGAAGCACUUGAUAACCAACAGACGGAGGCCGCCGGCCGCCACGUGUUUGCGGCUCCACCGGCACAUCUGGUAGCUUCUUCUUCCCACCAACAAUUUUUCGACCUUUCCUUUUGGGAAGCUGAAUUCCAGAGUUUCGGAGGAGAUCAUCAACAGUAAGGCUGUUCCUUCAAGUAAUCAUCACUACUCGCUGCGCGUGAACCAGCAAGAUUUAUGCGGGUAAUAUUUAUAUGCUAUAGCUAGCUAUAUAGUUUGCUUAAUUAAUUUGUUCGACAAACUGGAUAAGGUCCUGUUCGUCAUAGAGUGAAGUCAAUCUGUGCAGUUGUAUGCUGUGAGACUACUUGUGUACGAACCUCCAUUUAGUAUCACAUACAUAUCAUCCUACAGUCUCUUAAAUGCUGUAAAAAAAUGUUUAGUUUGCUUCAUUAAUUUCUUGUACUGUAAAAGUACAUUCGACAUAUUUAGCAUUUUAAUAUUAUUCUACUGGCCAGGAGAUAAUUUUCCAUGUGUUUGGUGAUCUAUUUGUUCGCUGUCUUCAAAAUCACGAUAGACACGGAAGCUAUACACGCACGACGGAUAACCUUCUGAUGAAUCAA